AUGGCCAACGUGAGAAUAACUCUAUUGUUCAACUAUUUGUCACUCAUUCUCGCUAUUCAAACUGCAUCGACUCUCAAGCCGGCCUUGUCCGCACCUGAAGCUGCUCUUAUAAAAGGUCUUCCUGGUUUUAAUGGCAGUUUUCCUUCCAAGCACUACUCGGGGUAUGUCACCAUAGAUGAAAGUCAUGGUAAGAAAUUAUUCUACUAUUUUGUUGAGUCUGAAAGUAAUCCAGCAAAGGACCCUGUUGUUCUCUGGCUUAAUGGUGGGCCGGGCUGCUCGAGCUUUGAUGGGUUCGUAUACGAGCAUGGUCCAUUUAAUUUUGAGGCGGGAAAGUCACAUAGUGGCCUUCCCACUCUCCAUCCCAACCCAUACAGCUGGUCCAAGGUGUCUAGCGUUAUAUAUCUAGACUCCCCUGCUGGUGUUGGGUUAUCUCACUCAGGCAAUGAAUCUGACUACACAACGGGUGACUUGAAAACUGCCUCAGACUCCCAUACUUUCCUCCUCAAGUGGUUUGAGCUCUACCCAGAAUUCAUAUCAAAUCCAUUCUUUAUAUCUGGAGAAUCAUAUGCUGGAAUUUAUGUGCCGACUUUGGCCUAUGAAGUAGCUCAAGGUAUUGAUGCUGGUGUAAAGCCCAUUAUCAACCUGAAGGGUUACAUGGUGGGGAAUGGAGUUACGGAUGAUGUGUUUGACGGUAAUGCCCUUGUACCGUUUGCGCACGGUAUGGGUCUUAUAUCAGACGAACUUUUUGAGGCAGUUAGUGAUGAAUGCAAUGGUAACUACUACCCUCCCAAUGGUGAAAAUUGUGAAAAUAAUCUUGCAAAAGUCGAUGCAGCAAUCGCGGGCCUCAACAUAUACGACAUUCUCGAGCCAUGCUACCAUAGCCCAUCGAGUAAAAUUCUGCUCGAGAAUACAAAUUUGCCACCAAGCUUUAGGAGAUUAGGCGAGACUGAAAGGCCUUUACCGGUUAGAAAGAGAAUGUUUGGUCGUGCUUGGCCUUUUCGAGCACCUGUAAGAGAAGGAUAUGUCCCGACUUGGCCUCAACUUAUGAACAGUGAAGAUGUUCCUUGCACUGAUGAUGUAGUUGCAAAUGCAUGGCUGAACAAUGAAGCAGUUCGGAAAGCAAUUCAUGCUGAUAGUGAAAGUAAGGCUGGUAAAUGGGAUCUGGAGCCGGACACACUGUGCCAGAAUACAAACCACAGGAGGCUUUGCAGUUCUAUUCGCGUUGGCUGA